GGAGUCACUCCAUGUGAGUAGUCCUUCGGAUGUCCUCGUACUGCACGGCGGACGGCGCGGUUCGUUAGUUAUUUGGCGGCAAUUCCAUUAUCAUCACCAUUUCAUUAUCGCCGUGGUUAUCGUCAAGUAUUUUUUUAUUAUUUACAUAAUUCAAAAAAUUGUUUUUCACAUCGCCUAAACUCGCGCCGUUGGACGUGUCGGUGUUCGUGAGUUUCGUUUCGUUUUUAUACACCUAAUAAAUAGCAUAGUGAGUGUGCGCGUGUGUGUGUUUGUGCGUUUUUUUUGUUAAAUUCAAUUUGAUCGAACACGAUAAUUAAUAACAUGUGCCGCCGCCGUCGUUGUUAAUUUUAUAUUACAAUUAUUAGUUUUACGAAAUUUGUGAAAAACGUUCGGUGCGCUUUAAAGAUAUCAUUGCAUUGUCGGCGAAUCAUGUGGAUAUCGACGUUUUGCUAAUUUCGUGUCAUCCGAGAAUUUAAUAACGACGGCUACCAUGGGUUGCUUUUGCACCAGUGCCCGGACACACCACUGCAAGAUUGUGCUGUUGGACGACCAAGAACUCGUUCACGAAGUACAGAGCUCGAGUCUCGGUCAAGAAGUGUUUGAUGUCGUCGUCAGACACUUGAGUAUCAUAGAGACCGCGUACUUCGGUCUACGGUAUCUCGACACCCAAAAUCAAACGCAUUGGUUGGAUUUGUCAAAGAAAAUAUCGAAACAGAUGAAGGGUAAUGAAAACUUUACAUUUUAUUUCGGAGUGAAGUUUUACGCAGCUGAUCCGUGUAAACUUGUCGAAGAAAUCACCAGAUAUCAGUUUUUCCUGCAGCUCAAGCAGGACAUACUGCAAGGUCGUAUACCCGUCACUCAAGAACUGACAGCCGAACUCGGAGCGUACGUCGUUCAAUCUGAACUGGGUGACUACGACCCGAGAAGGCACACUCCUGGCUAUGUGUCGGAAUUUCGGUUUGUGUCCAAUCAAAACGCCGAGCUCGAGAACCGAAUUUCUGAAGUACACAAAGAGUUAUCGGGUCAAGUGCCUGCGGUUUCAGAGUUGAACUUCUUGGAUAAAAUCAAGUGGCUGGACAUGUACGGCGUUGAUCUGCAUCCGGUUUUGGGCGAAGACAAUGUCGAAUAUUAUUUGGGUUUGACGCCGACCGGAGUGAUAGUCCUUCGAAAUAAAAAUAUCGUGGCCAACUAUUACUGGCCUAGGAUCACGAAAAUCUACAGCAAGGGCAAAUAUUUCAUGUUGAGAGUUUGCGAUAAAAACAACGACGAAAACACUUAUGGAUUCGAGACUCCCUCGAGGCCCGCUUGUAAGCAUUUGUACAAGUGCAGUAUGGAACACCAUUCCUUUUUCAGACUCGUCCAAGUAUCGCCCAACCCUCCGGACGUGAUAAGUACUCGAUUUAGCAGUGGACGUGCUGACAAAUCAUCGGCCAGGAGUUCGCAAAUGAGCAGUAGGACCCCACCGUCGUUUACCAGAACCCCAAGCCGUCGGUAUCAAAGGCGGAUCGUUGAAGGAUCUAGCGACAAUCAAAACGCCGGAGAAGAACACAGGAACGAAUCGUUAAAGCCACAGGACAAGUUGAAAAACUACUCAAACCCUCAACUGCCCGUCCACACGAUGUACGUACCUCAACGCAGUGAUUCGCCAAGAAGCACGAGGAGUGCACCUUGGGGCGUUUGGUCGAGUGCCCCGUCCAGAGGGUUGUACUCUAGUGGGUCUCCGAGAAGCGUCAGGUCAGGACCUCAUCAAAUCAUGCGGCACGCACGCCGGUCGUCCAGCGUGGACAGCCAAAGUUCAAACGAUUCCAAGUCCUGUCGGAAGCACAGGCAUCGGAAUCGACGGUCGUCGGACAACGAGAGCGAACAGUCCGGCAGGUCGGGCGGUAAGUCGCACAGACGGCACCGGCACAGGAGCCGGAAAUCGUCGGCCGGGGACGACCACGAGCACAGGCGACAGAGGUACCAGCUGGUCGACUCGGAGGGCCAAUGGCGCGAAGUUCAAAAACGCCAAGCCGAGGGUCGGUCGGCCAUACAAAAGGCGUCCGUGGUCCGGCCGCGGUCGGGGUACGCCAACAGCGGCUUGGAGUCCGAAAGUGAGAUAUCGCACCAUUCGUCCACGUACAGGAGGCGGAAACACCGCAAACACAGGUCUCGAUCCAGGUCGCCGUCCGAGGGCAAAACGCAUUUACCGGAAGAGCUGAAAAAACACUUGGAAUUCGACUUGGUCGAAACGGAAGGAAUGACCGAGGAGCAGCUGAGAGAAAUACCAUACACAGCGGUAAAAACGUCUGUCAAGUCCAAUUCGCCUCCUCCUUCGUCAAAACGAAAAACUUAUUCGUCUCGGAGGGCCAAAAGUUGUUCGCUGAAGGACGCAGUCUUACACGAAAACGGCGAUAGUCCUCCGCCGCCUUACAGCGAAGGUCCUGCCACCACCAACGGUAUGCCAAGUUCAAAAAGUGCGAAUCAGUUACCAAGGUUACCCAGCCAAAUGAUGCGGACAAUCGAUUCGAGCAAAAACAUGUGCUCUGCUCUGUACGGCAACCCGUCCACGUUGCUCGGUACAAACAAUUAUUCUAGUCAUGACCAGCGAAACGUUGUAAAUCAUUCGCGAUGGUUGUACGAUCUCGAGCAAAAGGACAAUAUGCACAACAAGAGGACGGAAAAUAUGAUGAGAGACGCCACGUACACGUCUACCGCGAGGACUCCCGUCAGUAACGGCAUUGCCAGCAACGGCAAUCCCAAAGGGUCUUGGCAGAGCCACGAGAUCCGAGGCGCCGUCGGCGUGCCUUGGCAGUGCAUACCCGACCGCGUGUACCCGGUCAGUGGUUACGGCGCGAAGAACGGUAUCAACCAGACGCCGACGCCGACGACGACGUUCCAAAACCGGAACAACGGUAUCAACCACAACCACAACCACAACCACAACCACAACCAUAACAACAACAACAACAAUCCGGAAACGACCUACAGGACCGCCGCGGUGGACUCGAACAGGAACAGCGCGCCCGACGCCGACAACUGCACCGGUAGAGCGUCGAUCAAGAGCAGCAAGUCGUUCGAGAGCGGUGUACUCGGCCAGCAUGCAAACACCCCCAACGGCAUCAUACCUUGGCCGGGGGACCGGAAACGACCGCAAUGGGACAACGGGCCUUUGCACAACGGCGAGCCCGCCAACCGGACCAACAACCUGGCCAGGUCUUCCAGGGGUCCUACUUAUUUUUCACCUCAACACAACCACGUCGAUCGAUUGUCUAACGCCGAACUGAGAUCAUCGGCCAGUCUCGAAGAGAUUCUGUCACCGAUCCUGCAGAGCAAACUGACUACAUAUUUUUAAAUGUUUACAGAAAACUUUGCGUCCGCAAAGAAAUGAAAGCGUUGCCGACUACCGUGUUAGAAGCGCAACGACACCGCACUUAUAUUUAAUCAAGCCAAAGCCAUUAAGUGUACAGUGUAAAAAAAUAUAUAUAUUUUUUAAGUAACCCUAAGGAGGAGUAUUCCUGUUAAGACUUUUAUGUAAAAACGCAAGUUUUCUUCAUCGCUAUUAUACAUUAUGUAAUAUUGUAAUUUAUAUUUUUCGCACACAGAGAGAACUGCCAUAAUAUUAUAGGGAUGCGUCGACAAGACUGAAUUUAUAACUGAAUUAAAAUAUAACGUAUAUUAGAAAUCUGUCUGUUUGGUACCCCUAGGCGUUCUUUCCGUGUUGUUUUGUACGUUUUUCAUAUUUCCAAGCUCAAUUCAAUGCAUGUGUUCUUUAUUAUUAUAAUAUUUUAUACUUGUGUAAUCGGUUCAGUCCACGUCGCGCUUUUCUUUUUAAUAUUUCUUAAAAAAUAUCAUAAACUAUCAUCAUUUGUAUAUUUAAACAAUAUGUACCUGUACUGAUAAUAUUGCGAGUACUCAAAUAAUAACAUAAUACUACAAUAAUGGUAAUAUUAACGUGUUUGAUAUACUCGCCAUAUUCUCUCCACGGAAACUGUUUAACAAUUAAAAAUGGUAAAUCAAACGAAUUACAUUUUUUUUUUAUAUAACUCAUUGUAAGCAAUUAAAGAAUUGUAAUACUUUUUUUACUACAGCAGUCGAUUCGAGUGAAAACCAAUAUGAAAUACUGUAUGAUGAAUAGUUGCACUUUUGUAUCAAAACGUGUGUUUGUUGUGCUGAUUUUUAAUUCUAAGUAAAA